GUCAGUGCUUAACUGAACUCAGGGAGAGACGGACGUUGCGCGUGUUUAAUUCAAAUAGUUUCGUCAAAACUUUCAGAGUAUUCUGUGAGUGCAGUUUUUGUGUGUGUGGUGUUUCGUUUGAAAGUUACUUAACUCAGUCACCCUGGAUUUCGAUCUUGAUGAGCCUCUCGUAAUGCGUGCGCCCGCGAGCGCGCGCGGCGCGGGAGUGCGCGGUGCCAGCGUGCCGCGAUGGGGCGACGCGCCCGCGCCGCCCGCCACCGACUAUUCCGCGCUUGCGGCUCCGCAAUGCGCGCAACCGCUGUACCCGUUCGACGAGCAGAUCAACCAGCGGUUUGCUAUAUGGCAAGGUGACAUCACAAGCCUCGAGGUCGACGCGAUCACGAACACCACCGACGAAACGCUGACAGAAUGCAAUGCGGUCAGCGAGCGGAUCAUGUCAGCUUGCGGCGCUGAAUUGAAGGAAGAGAUUGUGACGAGAGGCCAUGAGUGCCGUACGGGCGAGGUGGUUGUAACUCCUGGCUUCAACCUUCGAUGCCGGCACAUAGUGCACACAGUCAGCCCCUCGUACAACCAGCAGUACCACACCGCGGCAGAGACCACGCUCCACAACUGCUACAAGAACGUGCUGUACUGCGCGGGCGAGCUUCACGCGCGUACGCUAGCGUUGUGCGUCAUCGACACGCCGCGGAGGAACUUCCCUCCGGAUUUAGCAGCCCAUACGGCACUUCGUACAAUCCGUCGCUACCUCGAGCAGAACAAGACUCCCCAGCUCGUGAUCCUGGCGUGCGCGUGCGGCCCCGACCUCUCCCUGCUAGCGGCCCUCGCUCCGCUCUACUUCCCGCGCAGCCCUCGCGAGGCCGACGCGGCCAGGAUGAGGUUGUCGGACCCGACGCCCAACGAACGUCGGAUACGGAUCAUACAUAAUCCGCAUGAACAUAAUGAGGAUAGCGCGGAGGAUGAUACGUCGCUAUGCGACGACGAGGCCGCGGCCGAAGCGGCCGAGGCGGCGGCGGCCUUCGCGCGCGCCUGCGCCCCCGACACGCAGCGCCUGCUCGCGCCCUCGCCCGCCCUAGUGCGGCGCCGGCUCGACGACCACGAGCAAUACGAGCGGUUACUCCGACGAGCGAAGGCCGAGGACCUAAGCGAGGUGUCAGGCAUCGGCUGCCUGUACCAGAGCGGCGUCGACCGGCUCGGGCGACCCGUCGUCAUAUUCAUCGGCAAAUGGUUCCCUAUCGGCGACAUCGACCUUGACAAAGCACUACUGUACCUGAUCAAGUUAUUGGACCCCAUCGUCCGCGGCGACUACGUUAUCGCAUACUUCCACACACUCGCCGCCUCCGGUAACCACCCGCCCUUCUCCUGGCUGAAGGAGGUCUACACCGUGCUGCCUUACAAAUAUAAGAAGAAUCUGAAAGCGUUUUAUAUUGUACAUCCCACAUUCUGGACGAAGAUGAUGACGUGGUGGUUCACGACGUUCAUGGCGCCGGCCAUCAAGGCCAAGGUGCACACGCUGCCCGGCGUCGAGUUCCUCUACUCCGUCAUGGCGCGCGACCAGCUCGAGGUGCCCGCCUUCGUCACCGAGUACGACAUGACGAUAAACGGUCUACACUACUUCCAGCCAGACACGAACAGCACGUAAACGUAACUACAUAUAUGUAUGUAUACGUAAUAUACGCUACGAGUUCGUCUGACGUGGGGUCGCCGCGUCGCUCAUCUUCGCAGUUGAUUACACAUAGUACUUAUUAUCAGUCAACUGUAAAAAUAUGGGUGCACAAAUCAUCUCAAAAAUAUGUCCCAUAGCUCUUAUGUCAGCGAAUUAAGAACUAUGGGACAUAUUUUUGAAUAAGUUGGCUACACCCAUAUUUUUACAGUUGACUGUACCACUACCAUCGUUCAAUCUGUUAACUGACAAUUCAUACACCUUAAUGAAAGGACAUAAGGUCCAUCUUCAGUUAAGAAUGUUGUUCCCAGCAAUCCCAGCGUAGCAGAUAUUUUUGUUACACUGCUUAUAGAAACGUGGAAAAAACUGUGCUGUGGAAGUAGUCACUAGAUGGCGCUCUUAAAGUUCCCCUUUUCGCCCAUUCCUUUACGAGUACGCUAUCUAAGUAUCUAUCUUCGCAACACUAUUUUUGUAUGAUGAGUGUACAUUAAAAAUCAAGAAUAAAUGAUAAGACAGCCAGCUAUAUCUAAGAACAGUUUUUGAACAGUCGACGUCAAAGAUAUGUCUACACUUUUCGCCUUAUUACAAAGGUGUAAGGUGCAAAAGUGUAAACAUAUUUUUGACGUCGACUGAACAUACUUUGUAGUUAAUAUCGCCACUGCCUAGAAAAAGGUAUAAAGGUAGUCGAAAUAUCGAGAUAAAUAUCGAGAGAGAACUAAAUUGUAAUAUAGUAGAGUUCGAAAAAGAGAGAAAUAAUACUGUCUCUAUAAAAUUGUUCUCGUUGUUUCAACAUCUGUAAGACUACGACGGUAUACAAAUUGAAAUGCCUAUAAUCUGGCAUAAUUGUUUCUGAUAAUUUUUCAAAACUUGCCAAUUCUUUAUAAUAAAUUUCUGAGGCGAACGUCGUUCGACGUGUUGCCUCCCUGUCACACUUACGUACAAAUUUACAAGUGCGACAGAGAGGCAGUACAUCGAACGUGGGAGAUAGGCCCUCUGUUACCAUAGAUGUCUGCAGAUAGCUUUAAAAAAAAUCACUUACUAUGGUUUCUUAACUGCAAAGAUUUGACAAUCAUCGGCAUCAUAUUUAAUUUUUGUAAGAAAAAUGUAACAAUCCUUAUUUGUGUGAAUAAAAAUAUAGGGGAAAAAAUAAGAAACAUUUUAGAGCCAGACCAAGAUAACUCUGCAGCAUUUUUUAUAGCUGCAGAGUUACUUGGUCUGACUCUGUGUCGAUGGUGGCAUAAGUAAUUCCAAUUUUUAAUUUUGAUUUGAUAACCAACCAGUUGGUUAUCUAAAUUAGAAUUAAGUUUGAAAUAUUGGCCAGUGUUUUGUAUCUCUUAAGAAUUUUAGUGAAAUCUGUAAAUAAUUCAAUUAUUUAAAUAUUUCACUGAACUCGUUUGUUAACACUAUAUCUUGUAAUCUAUAUCUUAGUAUUAGAGGUGCAUUUUAUAAUUAUUUAGUCAUAAUAAUGAUUGCCUGGUCAUAAUGUUCUUGUAGGGCGUGUACCUACUUAGGUCUGUUGCUAUUAUCUACAGCGUGUGUACACGGCAUUAUAGAUUUUUUGGCACUAUGCCCUUGUUCUUAAAAACUUUUUUUUAACGAGUGUACUGCAUUUUUAAAAUAUGUAUGUCAUUAAUCAAGAAUAAUACUAAAUUUGCUAUUUUUCAUAUGAAUUUUCCUAUCAGGAAAACCUUGGCCUAGUUUUUUUCAUAACUUACAAUCUGUCCUACAGCAAUUCGAUCCUGCGACAGGGUAUUCGUUUAGCGCAUAGUUUAUUUUUACGAUACGGAGUAGGUUUUAUAUUAGCUAAGCUUUACGUAGACAUCUUGUACCUAAAGAUGUAAUUAAAAACAGUAGGGGUAGUAAACCUAACCUCAAAAUUCUUAAGAAUAAAAAAAAGAUUGUAGAAAUAAUUCAAAUUCUUAACAUUGUUGCCAACAUACCAAAAGCCGUAGACAAUUCUCGUAUUCACUACUCCUACGUGUUUACGUUGAAAGGUGCUUGAUAUUUUUUGCAUAUGAGAUUUAAUUUUCUACAUUAAGUAGAUUAGAUAUCGGGAGAAGUAAAAAUUACGAGUUAAAACCGUAUGUAAAUAUGCUGUUGACGUUUUAACAGUUUUGUGAGUUCACCGCCAAUGUUGAAUGCAAAAUAUUAGAUACACAUACUUAAUCAUAAAAUGUAUGAAACUAAACUACCACGAUAGUAGGAAAAUGUGACGUUAUAUGGGGAAAGUAAUCUUAUGACGCUAAACAUAAACGUCUUUAUGUUUAGCGUCAUAAGAUUGCCCUUUUAUUAGAUGGUAAUUUGUACAUGGCAAUAUAAUUUUAUGAUUGCCUGCCCACGGUCCUACCCGUAGUACUUUAUUACUUCGAUGUAAUUUGAACCGUCUUCAAUUGGAACAAAGUUGCAUAUUGCUUGCUUUGAAUUCCAACGAAACAAAUGAAAUUCAACCAUAUUUAGUACACUAUCGGUUUCAAUUUCAUUUGUCAUUUUUUCUUGUAUGGUGGGCCUUAAGGUUAGGACAUUGGGCUAUGUUGUAUCAAGUCAUAUUGAUACACAUCUCAAUGUCUGUUUAUUUCUCUUUUCUAACGAACAUUUGUAGAAAAAUGCCAAUUGUUAUUAACCACUGCCUCCACGUCAGGUGAGAUUGUAAAUUCAGUGAGAUUUCAUAAUAUAUCUGGUCUUAGAUGAGAUAUUUUUGUAUUUAUCAAAUAGCACCAACAGUUUGUUAUUAUAAUGUUUACAGCACUGACACCAUGUGAAUGUGUUAGAUAGUGGCGCCGCCUAGCGUGUGAUCUUAAACAAUAGUAUGCUCGCAAAUUAAUAUCUCUUUCAAACAGUGUGUUAUGUAUUAAGUAUUACAAUAGGCCUAGGUCAAAGAAAAAAAAUCUAUAUUUAAUUUGGGUUAUUCCUAGUGUUACCAAUGAUAACAAUUAAGUGGUAAUAUCAGGGAAAACGCAAUAGUUACACUAGGUGGCGCUUUGAAAGCCUCAUAUAUUGUGCAUUCCUAGCGCUUUCGUAACGCCAUCUAGUGAAACGUUUUAUUUACAACUGUACUUUUUCUUACAGUACUUUUGAGUCGGACAAAGAUAUCUCUGCGUGGCAUUUGCAACGACAAAGUGUAAUAAUGUCAUCAUUAAUGUCAAAUUUCUAUGUAAAUAUGACGUUUAUGAUGACACUAUUUCACUUUGUUCUAUUCAAGUCGGUGCAAAGUUACAUUAGACGGACUCUACCCUCCUAAGGCUCAAGGUCCUACCUAUAGUACUUAUUCAGUUCGAUGUAAUUUAAAUCAUAUUCAAUUGGAAGUUCCAAUUGAAUAUGAUAUGAAUUAUGAGUUCCAAUUUGGAACAGUUGCAUUUGUUUUGUUACGUUCCAUUUUCAAACAAAACAAAAUGAACUCUAUCCCCUACACUAUAGGUUCAAAUUUCGGUGGCAAAUUUUGGAUUUUUCAUUUGUAUGGCUGGGUCUUAGGAGGCUACUAAUCUGUAAGAACAAGUCUAAUAUUUGCGGGCGAACUAUUGAGUAGCCUGCCCUACUCUAUGUGCCACCUAUAUAGUCGGUUUGUGUGUGAGAAUGGUGUGUGGUUGAUGCAAUAUUAUGAUGUUUUAUAGAGGUUGAGUGUAGUAAUGGCGGAUUGGUGGCUUGUGUCCCGACCGACAGAUAUCUGAGAAAAAAUUAAGUUGGUAGAAUUCGCAGACGCGACUUUCGACUUUAUACAACUUCAUAUAAAGUUGAAUAAUGAUUUUUCUUUAAUCUUAAAUAUAAAUAUUGAUGUUAUAAUCUUGAUAUUUCAAAGUUAUAAUUUGGUCUUAGUCACUGUAGCAUAACUAUAGAUAAUGUGACUUAGUAAUUCGACCAAUGAUACAAUUCCAUAGAUACAUAAGGAUUAUACUUCAUUGGGUGAAUGAAUUUUUUUUUUUACAUUCUUUUAACAUUCGAAUGAAAUAAAGAGAUAUCUGACGAUUGGGACAUUUGGGACACAGCCAUAUUGCAUUGUUGUUGUAUAAAAUAAAGUUAAAUUUUUAAUACAGUUGUAAUCGUAAGACUUUUCCAACAUACUGUUUCAUACUUGUAAGCUCGGUGUCUUCUAUAGUCUGUUUGUAAGCAAUUUUUAAAUGUCAAAUGUAAGUUGAUGCAAUAAUUUACUCGAAACUUACACCUGUAGCUUUUGUUAAAUAUAUAAUACAACAACAUAAUGACUAUUAUAUUACAUGUAAUGUUAUAGUCAGUAUGCUAGUUCUUCAAUGUAAAUAGUGUAAUCAGAAUCAUAAUCUGUAAAGUGUCAUGUAAGCAUUAUUUAAAUGUCAUAGAACUAGUUAUUGAGAAGUUUUGCUUUGGUGAUAAAAUAUUUGUCCAAGUCACAGUCAAUAUACAACACACGGCAUAUACACUGUCAUAUAGAAAGUUCGAAUGUAAAGCAUUUUGAAUUAAAAUAAUGGAAGGCCAGUAAAAGAAAGUUCUUAUUUCUUGUAAAGGAUUUGAUAAUGCCAUGCAAUCAAAAUGAGUGCCUUCCCUAUUUCAUACAAAUUCAAAUUUGCGGGAGAGAUACAUUACCAUCAAAGAAAACUUCCUAAAAUAUCAACAAGGCCUUAGCAUGUUAACUAUUGUUACUUUUUACAAAGUUUGGUUGCGAGUAUAUUACUGUUGAUAGGACAUGUUGCCAUGGUCUAUGUUACAUGCAUAUUAUAGGGUUUAAUAUAAUGUGAUCAAUCAAGUUAAGUUUCAUAUUUUAUUAAUAUAAUGUAGACUAUUAUAUAGGCUAUGUAAAUAUUUAACAAAAUACAAAAAUAAAAUUAAUAAUUUACUAA